ACCACCGCUACUCUACCACCACUACCACCACCACCAAACUACUCUACCACCACUACCACCACUACCCCAGCACUACCAGCAAAAUACCACCACGCACCAGCCAAUACCACACGCUUCCAAAAUCCACGCAACAACCACCACUCCCCACUGAAAUUCUGACCUCGCAACCACCCAUCGCAACCACCACCCACCACCCACCAACCACCCACCACCACCACGUCAACUGCCCAACCCCCUUCCGACCGCAUUGUCGCAGUCAACAUUACUCUCGGCCUCAUUAUACUCUAUCUCAACAAAAUACAAUACUUUAAAAACAGAGAAUACCAUCCUCCUCCCUACCGAGCACACAAAACUUCAACUACAAACGCGGAAACAAUUCUUUGACCUAGAUCUCUUUCAGCCCACCACCCCCUUCGUGACCCACCUCGAAAACACUGAGCAAAACCCUCCACUUUCUCACUUAGACGCCGACCUCUUCCUCGUCCCCACGAACCACACAAAUACCGACGUCUUGUCUUGGGGUAGCCCCGCGCGACCGCUCACUGAUCACCUCGCCCCCCCGACGAAUGCCCUGAACUCGGGCGGCUCUGCUCCCUCGAUCUUCAAUAUGUCCUCCCCAUGGAAGAACAACCAGCCCGAGGUCGUGGCCGACCGAGUCCUCAGGAGGGCUGAGGUUAGCAAGAUGGCACGCAAGCUGCAGAACCGUCUAGCCCUCGCCCAAUUCAAAGCGAAGCACGGCUGGGAACACCUGACCCUCGACCUCAUCGAGCCGAAAGUCGACGAACACCUGCGCCGCCAGCGCCCCUCCUCCGCAGGCGACAUGCUCUCCGACACCUCCUCCAGCUCCGCCUCGGACUUCAACUACCCGCGCACAGUCCUCAGCUCCUCCGCCCUCAAAGCCCCCUUCUUCUCCGACGCCCUCGACUCCUCUAGCGGCAGCUCGGGACACAGGAAGCGCUCCUACAACGCCACUUUCCACAACCCCUCGCACUCCACAGCACGCAAGCGCUUUCGCUCCUCCCCCAGCGCCGGGCGCAGCAUGUCGCAGAGCCACACGUCGUGGAAGGACCAACACCAACUCUCGCAAUCGUCCCCGAUAAAGCCGCGGAAGCAACCCCACUUCACCACUUCCGCCGGCCCAAACCUCUCCUUCUUCCGCGGCGUCAGCGGCACUAUCGCCGAGGACCUCCCUUCCUCCGCCCACCCAUCCCUCGACUCAAACACCGACUCCGACUCCGAUCUCCUCCCGCUACACUCCUUCAGACUACCUACAAACACCAACAUUUCCCGCUCCUCACCCCCUCGCACUCCUCCCCCACGGCACCGCGCCAUAACCCGCCGCACAACCACAACCACAAACAACACAGCCACCACCACCUCCGCCUCCCUAACCCGCAAAAGCGGCGAAGAAGGCGCCGACCUCCUCCUCUACCUCGCCACCUCCCCCUCCCCCGCCCACCCGCGCAGCACCCGCAUGCAACCCCCCCAAACCCCUCCCCCCAAACCACUCGCCCUCCCCUCCUCCAUGAUGACCACCCCCGGCGGCGGCCUAGGCCUCCUCUCCGGCUUCGGCGGCGGCGGGCCGCACACGCCGUCCCAGACAUUCGAUUUCGCGGAUUUCGUGAAUAUCACGCCUAGUCCGGCGCAGGGAGCUUGGACGAGGACGCCGGCUUCGGCGCUGAGGGAGGGGGGGAGGGGGUUGAGGGAGAUGCCGACGAGUAGUCCGAUGUUUGGGGUGGGGAGGGGGAGGAUGGGAGGGGGGUUGGGGAUGGAGUUGGGGGGGGAGUUACUUUCUUGAACGUUUCUCAGGAGACCUGAAGUUUUUGAUAUCAUCCCCGUCUUUGUUACUAUGGAGAGGAAGGGGUUUACGUUACGAUAACACACACACACACAACUUACCAGUCCGCGCACUUGGUCUUUUUACUCACUCAACUUUGGCUAUUCUUUUGAAUCCCCUUUUGGGGGCGCCUGGUGCAGUUACUUGGCCUUUUUUUUUUUUGUAUUGCUUUGCUCUUUUUGUACAUGGGCAUCACGACCGAGACUUAAUGCAUUUUUCUUCUUUUUGUCUUUUCUUCCUCGCUCUCCCUAUUACUGGGGGGGGGGGUUUUUUGUAUCAGCAGCGGCGGCGACUGACCGGCUGACUGACUGGUGACUGGGGAAUGUUUUGUGGGUGUAUGCAUAUACGUUACCGGUUACUCUGCGUUGUUUACACCCACCCACCUACCUCCUUUGAGGGAGGAAUGUGGCAUGGCAUGGCGUGCGUGGUGUUAGUUAGUUAGGUAGGUAGUCUGACCAAACAUCCAAUCAAUAAAACAAAUAAACAAACAAGAAGAUUCCAGUUACAGUAUAUGCAUGAACCCUCCCCUUCCAAUCGAAUACUAGAUGGUGACCACCAGCACACACACACACACACCUCUUCCUCAGCCCUUCCCUUCCCGUUCCGUCCUCGCGUAGUAAACACGAUGUUUUUUUCUUCCGGGCAUGACCGGACCGCGUUAAAAUAACGCGUAAAAUAACGCGUAAAAUAACGCGUAAAAUAACGUGUAAAAUAACGCG